CCCUUCACCAACACCAGCAUUCUUUGGCAUGCUUUUUCUUCCCCUCUGCGAAUUUCCUGCAUUCCGCUCCCCUCUUUUCUCGCUGUAGCUUUAUUAACUAGUUUAAAAUCACACAACACUCCCCUCCCCCGUGACCCCCAAAAAAAAAUAUAUAUAUAUAUAUUCUUUUAUUCCUUUUUACAAGUUUUUAUUUUCGAUCUACUCGUUUGUUUUUGUUCCUACGAACCCUUUUUGUUUUUGCUGAGGUUAAGAAAGGCGAAAUGAAUUCACAGCCAAAAAAUGUUGGAAUUCUAGCCAUGGAAAUUUACUUCCCUCCCACUUGCAUCCAGCAGGAAGUGUUGGAGGCUCAUGAUGGAGCAAGCAAAGGGAAAUACACUAUUGGUCUUGGACAAGAUUGCAUGGCAUUUUGUGAUGAAGUUGAAGAUGUCAUUUCAAUGAGUAUGACAGCUGUCACGUCCCUUCUUGAGAAGUAUGGGAUUGACCCAAAACAGAUUGGUCGUCUGGAAGUUGGAAGUGAGACUGUGCUAGACAAGAGCAAAUCCAUCAAGACAUUCUUGAUGCCAAUCUUUGAGAAACAUGGAAAUACUGACAUAGAAGGUGUUGACUCAACAAACGCAUGCUACGGGGGAACUGCAGCAUUAUUCAACUGUGUCAACUGGGUAGAAAGUAAUUCGUGGGAUGGACGCUAUGGACUGGUUGUCUGCACAGAUAGUGCGGUCUACGCAGAUGGACCUGCUAGGCCUACUGGAGGAGCUGCUGCUAUUGCCAUGCUAAUAGGGCCUAAUGCUCCUAUUGUAUUUGAAAGCAAGCUCAGAGCAAGUCAUAUGGCUCAUGUCUACGAUUUCUACAAGCCAAAUCUUGCUAGUGAAUAUCCAGUUGUUGAUGGCAAGCUUUCUCAGACUUGUUAUCUCAUGGCCCUCGAUUCUUGUUACAAAAGCUUCUGUACCAAGUAUGAAAAAUUGGAGGGCAAGCAGUUUUCAGUAUCUGAUGCUGACUACUUUGUAUUUCAUUCUCCUUAUAACAAGCUUGUACAAAAGAGCUUUGCUCGUCUGUUGUUCAAUGAUUUUUCGAGAAAUGCCAGCUCCAUUGAUGAGGCUGCUAAAGAAAAACUGGCCCCAUUCUCAUCUUUAACUAUCAAUGAAAGCUAUGAUAGUCGUGAUCUUGAGAAGGUAUUAAUCCCUUAAAA